UAAGGAUAAAAAAAGAGAGAAAGUCGUCAGUGAAUCACUAUCGAAAAAGGUUAUUUAUUAUUAUCCAUAAGAAACCCCUUGAAACACUCCACUCAACUCUCGUCACCUGUCUCUUACCUUUACUCUAGGGUUCUCAAGCUUCCCUCCCCGAUCCGUUUCUUUCUCCAAGCUCAGGUCAAGAUGCAAGCUGUGAUUCGUUCGUUUGUCUCCGGUGGAAACGUUGUGAGAUCAUCUCUGCUGCAGCAUCUCCGUGUGGUCAACCCUGCGAUUCAGCCUUCCGUGUUGUCUACUCGCUAUGAGUCCACUCAGCCUGCUCGUAUGGAGGAGCAUGGGUUCGAGAGCACAACCAUUUCUGAUGUUAUGAACGCCAAAGGCAAAAGCGCUGAUGGAUCUUGGCUUUGGUGUACCACUGAUGACACUGUCUACGACGCUGUUAAAUCCAUGACACAACACAAUGUUGGUGCCUUGGUGGUUGUGAAACCUGGUGAGCAACAAUCUCUUGCUGGUAUCAUUACAGAGAGAGAUUAUCUGAGGAAGAUCAUAGUGCAAGGCAGAUCAUCCAAAUCAACAAAAGUAGGGGACAUUAUGACUGAAGAGAAUAAGCUUAUCACCGUGACACCAGAGACCAAGGUCCUGGUCGCUAUGCAGCUGAUGACUGAUAACAGGAUCAGGCAUAUUCCAGUGAUCAAAGACAAGGGCAUGAUAGGAAUGGUGUCCAUUGGAGAUGUGGUCCGUGCAGUGGUGACUGAGCAUCGUGAGGAGCUUAACCGCCUAAACGCGUUUAUUCAGGGAGGUUACUAGACGCUACUAGCCUUGCGUGUGGGUGGUCUGGUGGUUGGAUGAAUCUCCGAAAGCUUUAAGAUGGAUGUAUAUAUAUGGAGUCUUGGUUGGUUGUUGUCUGAUGUUUGUUUGUUUGUUGUUUUUAAUCUGCUGUUUCAAUUGCUUAACUUGUCAAGACUAAGCUCUUGUGCUUUCCCUUUUUUAUGCUACUCUCUGCAAGAUAAUAAAACCAAAGACUCCCAUCUCUUUUUGGAAUA